GUUUUCACCAUUUUUCAGAUUUUCUUUGCCUUUUUCCUUAAAACUCAGCCAAGGUGGCUUUCGACAUGUCCCAUAGUCUUUUCUUCUGGUAAACUGAUGGCACUUCCCUCCAUAGCAAGAAGGCUACGAAGCAAACAUCCCCAGCUCUUCCUAUCACAUACGCUGCUUCCGUCCAUUUCUAACUCACCGUCUCCUCCUCAUUCUUCACACCCUCUCCCCCAGCAUCUCUCUCAAACAUUUCAUCGAACACUUCUCGUUCCCUUUCAAACCCCUCGCCAUUUCUCUACUCUCCAACCCUUCUCAGCCCAAACUCUCAACGACCCAUUGGGCUUCGAUGCCCAACGAUUCAAGACAAACGACCCGUACAAGUCGGGUCUCACCCAAUUUCUCGAAUUGCUCAAACAUGCCGCCCAUUUUGCCUCAGAAGCCGAGGCCAUGCCUUUUCUCGACAAGUCGGGCAUUGAGGUGAAUGGAGAUACGGUCCUUUUAGCGAUUUGGGAAUUGAGGGAAGACUGGAAAUUGGCGUUUUUGGCUUUCAAAUGGGGUGAGAAAUUGGGUUGUUGCGAUGAAGAGGCUUGUAGUUUGAUGGUAUGGGUUUUGGGGAGUCACAGAAAGUUCAGUACUGCUUGGUGUUUGAUACGGGACUUGCAUCGGGCUCUGAUGGAUACACGGCGUGCUAUGCUUAUUAUGAUUGAGAGAUAUGCAUCUGUAAAUGAUCCAUGUAAGGCCAUUAAGACAUUCCAGAUGAUGGACAAGUUCAGGUUGACUCCUGAUCAAGAAGCAUUCCACACCCUCUUGAAUGCUCUCUGUAAAUAUGGAAACAUUGAAGAAGCUGAAGAAUUCAUGCUUGUUAAUAAGAAGCUUUUCUCACUGGAGACUGAGGGCUUUAACAUUAUUCUCAAUGGGUGGUGUAACAUAUCUGUUGAUGUAUUUGAAGCCAAGAGAGUUUGGAGAGAAAUGUCAAAAUGUUGUAUUACACCAGAUGCAACUUCUUAUACACAUUUGAUUUCCUGCUUGUCAAAGGUUGGAAAGCUUUUUGACUCCCUUAGGUUCUAUGAUCAAAUGAAGAAAAGGGGCUUUGUUCCUGGCCUCAAAGUUUAUAAUUCAUUGAUUUAUGCACUAACUUGUGAAAAUUGCUAUAACGAAGCUCUCAAAAUGCUGGGCAAUUUGAAACAAAUGGGUUUGCAGCCAGAUUCUACUACCUAUAACUCAAUGAUAUGUCCUUUAUGUGAAUCAAAAAAGAUAGAGGAGGCGAGGCAGAUGUUGAGCGCAAUGAGAGAGGAUAAUAUCAGCCCAACUAUUGAGACUUACCAUGCAUUUCUCCAGAGCACAGGUUUAGAGGGAACUCUUGAAAUUCUUAAUCGAAUGAAGAAAGCAAAUUUAGGUCCUAAUGGCGAUGCCUUUCUUAUGAUUCUUGGAAAGUUCUUCAGAUUAGAGCAACCUGAGAUGGCAUUGAAGAUUUGGACAGAAAUGAAGCACUAUGGAGUAGUGCCUGAUUCUACACAUUACACAGUAAUGGUACAGGGCCUGGCAAAUCGUCGUUUGUUAAUGAAGGCCAGGGAACUUUUUGCUGAGAUGAGGUCAAACGGAUUUUUGGGAGAUCCAAAGCUUGAAAAGCUUUUGAAGGAACCAGUUGGAGGCAGUAGUGUAAAAGGCAAACAGAGACCGAGACCGGUCAAGCAAGCGACGAGGGUUAAUCAAAAGCAAGGCAGGAUGAAGAGAUGGAAAAGUCCACACCAAUCAAGAGAGGAGAAGACAUCAAUUGAAUAGUCUAAUCUGAAAUUUUGACUGCAUGUCAAAAAUCUUGGAAAGAUCCUCUCUGCCAGUUCUUGCAGAACUUUUUGCAAAUUCCAUAUGGAAGAUAUGGGUUGUUGUUGUUGGAAAAGUUGCUAAGGAGCUUCUUCUGCAAAAUUGACUCCUAGAAACCUUUCAACUUGUGCUAUCUGGUUUUCAUUCUUGACAACUGAUCAAAACAAAAUUGAUUUAGCAUUUAGAAAGAAGGAGCUGAGCCUCUUGAAUGGUGCAAAAAAUAUAUUAUGAAGGAGCAUUUGAUUCACAUUGUUGUUUUAUUUGGGGAUCAAUGCUAUUGUUUCUAUAUGUUCCUGCUUCUCACUCAUCUAUGCUGGUGGAGGAAGAGAAUGAAGAACCUUUUACUUUAUACAGAGUUUCCAGAUCCGUUUAGAAGGAAGUGAACGAAGAACCCUUUGCUUUAUAACUCAUAAUUGUGAACAACUCUUGAUGUAAGAUAUUUUCACUAUUUUU